ACCGUUUCCGCGGCCCUAAGCUGGCGCGCAUCGGCACCUUACGCAUCCUAGCCCACCGCCCCACCUGCUCCUACCUGUUAGACGCCCAGGGAUGGAGCAUGCGCAUUGCGGAUUGCUUGAGGCACUCCUCUAGCACCUCCCCUGCCAGAGGGAGCAAAGCCUGUGGUUGCCGGGGUUACGGGAGUAAACGAAGGGAGAGCUCACAGAUUCUCUGGUUUCUAGCAUGGAUCAAGACAAAGAAUCAGAAAGACCAUAUUAUACAGAUUCCGAUGACGAUGAAUUCCAAACAGAGUGGGAAGAAUCUGAAGAAGCUUCUGAAAGAGCUGACUACGCACCAGACCAAUCUGAAUUUUCUGAAGAUCAAAUGCUUGAAGAAGCAGAAGCUGAAGAAGCAGUGAAGAAAAUUUCAGAGAGCUUCUUCUAUGAUUCUGCUCAGGUGUUUUCAGUUCCUUUUGUAACCCCAGACUCCACCAUACCUUUAAAUCUCCUCACAUUGAUACAUUCCUUUGGUUAUGACUCCACCAGACGAUCCAAUCUGCAUCUUCUGGACAGUCAAACUCUUGCUUAUGUAGCUGGCAACCAGUUAGUCUUCUUGGAUUUAAGAAACCAUGAGCAGAGUUACCUCCGGAGCUCCAGUGGUAGAGGAAUUGGUGCUGUUGCGGUCCACCCAGACAAAACAUACUUUUUAGUAGCUGAGAAAGGAACCUAUCCAAAUGUUAUCAUCUAUGAUUAUCCUCUCCUAAGGCCCUACAGAAUUCUCCGGGGGGGAACUGAGGAAGCCUAUGCAUUUGCAAGUUUUAAUUUUACUGGAUUGUUGCUGGCUACUGUGGGUAGCUCUCCUGAUUAUACAAUAACAGUGUGGAACUGGAAAGAAGAACAGCCAAUGCUGAGGACAAAAGCAUUUUCCCAGGAUGUUUAUAAGGUCACCUUCAACCCUGAAAAUGAAGAACAACUUACCACAGCAGGAUCAGGUCAUAUCAAGUUCUGGUUAAUGGCUUUAACAUUCACUGGUCUCAAACUCCAAGGGUUUCUGGGUAGAUUUGGCAAAACAGCAGUGACUGAUAUAGAAGGUUAUGUGGAACUGCCUGAUGGGAAAGUGCUCACAGGAUCACAGUGGGGCAAUUUGCUGCUCUGGGAGGGGGGCCUCAUCAAGGUAGAACUUUGUCGACAUGCAAGAAGAACCUGCCACAUCGGCCCCAUUAACCAGAUAAUGAUAGACGAAGGAGAAAUCAUCACAGCUGGAGAUGACGGAUGCAUUAGGAUAUGGGACUUUGAGACAAUAGAUACUGCUGAUGCUAUUGAUGAAUCUGAAAUGAUAGAGAUGGAGCCUAUUAAUGAACUGCAAGUAGGCAAGAAUGUCAAGAUCUAUUCGAUGGUGAAAAUAUUUAAACCUGGGAAUUCUAUUUGGUAUGCUCAGGAUGCAAAUGGUGCUAUAUGGAAGUUGGAUCUUAGUUUUUCAAAUAUAACCCAAGAUCCAAAAUGCCUGCUUUCUUUCCACACUGGACCUAUCACCGCCAUGGUUGUUUCUCCCUUCACUUAUCUCAUGGCCACUACAUCCCAGGACUGUACAGUACGCAUCUUUGACUUUGCUGCUAAACUUUAUUUGACCCACAUGAAAUUCAAAGAAGGAGGAACAGCCCUCCUUUGGGCCCCUCGAGUGGUGAGCUACCAAGGAGGACUCAUUAUUGCAGGCUUUGAAGACGGGGUCAUUCGCCUUCUUGAACUUUUUGAUCCCAGUGGACUUGUUAUUUUUGCUGGGAGGAAACAGAUGAAGGGCGCCCAGCUACGACUGAGGCAAGCUCUUAAGCCUCAUACAGAAGCCGUUACUGCACUAGCAUAUGAACAGAACGGAGAGGUCCUCGCCACAGGGAGUAAAGAUAAAACUGUUUUCUUCUUUACUGUGGGCAAAGAGUAUGAACCAAUUGGUUAUAUUAAUGUUCCUGGGCCUGUUACAAAGUUAACAUGGACUCCAAAGUCUCAUGAAGAAAGUUUUCUCUUGAUUUUGUGUGAAAAUGGCUAUGUCCUUGAAGUUCCUGUUCCACCAAUCAAGGAUACAGACUCUUUACCAACCUUUGAAAUUAAAGACCUGCCUAUAAAAUGUUUUCAUUUCCUGAGCAUCAAAUCAAGGAUCCUGAGGGACAUAGAGAUUGAACGCAGAAGAAAAAAGAAGGAAGAGAAGGAGAAGGAGAAGGAAGAAAGAAGAAAGCUACAGCUUCAAAUGAAGAAACAAUUGGAAGAAUCAGAAGGUGAAGAGGAAGAAGAAGAAGAGGAAACCUUAGAAGAGGAAGAAGAAGAGGAGGAAGAGCCCCUGCCUAGAAUUUUUAUUCCAGAGAAACCUUGUCCCAUUCUCUGUGGAUUUUACUCUGUACGAAAAAAUUUCUGGAUUUCUCUGGGUGGGUAUGAUUCUGGUUUUCUUUAUCACUGCAAGUUUCCAGUUAACUCAGAAAAAACAAUGGAGGAGCAGCAAGAUGAGCCCUUUGAUUUUCGCUUUGUAGAAAAUGCAGAUGACAAUCCCAUUCGAGUUAUCAGUUUCAGCCUUUCCAAAAUGAUGAUGUUUUGCGGGAUGCAAAAGGGACAGAUUAGGGUUUACAUCCUAAAGAAUAAAAGCUUAAAACUGACCGAUAUGCAAAACUACUGGGACUUCAGUAUCCACGACAAUGAUUAUGGACAAAUCGAAGCCUUAUAUCCUAGCUAUGAUGACCGUUUUGUGGUGAGUUGUGGAGCAGAUGGCAAUAUCUUUGUCUUUAACAUCCUGUCUGAAGAAGAACUUGAGGAAGGUCUCAAAGCCACAGUGCCCACUCCCAAGGGUGGUAUUGAAUCAGAAAAACGAGCAGAAGAUAUUGAAGACCCAAAUGCCUAUAGCAUUGAGGGUGCCAGGCAAAAAAGGGAAUAUGACCAAAUCAUGAGGGAAGCAGAGGAAAUAAAGGCCCAAAAGAGGGAGAAGCUAAGUGAAUUGAGGAAUGAGUUCGAGAAGUUACUGGUGAAGAAUUCCGAGUUACCAGAACACAUGCAGCUUCACCGGACUGAAUUUGAUGUAGAUACCAGAGUCCGAGAACAGACUGAACGAACGACAGUAAAGAAAAUUAAACAGGUGGAAAGGGAACUUGCGUGGGAAAAAGAGAAACAUCGACUUGCCCUGUUGAAAUUACAGCAACGAUUUCGAGAUGCACUAGAAUUUGACACCGUUAUCGUCCAUGCUAUACAGACUGAGCACAAAAUUUCCACAUAUCGGCUUUUGAAACUCUCAGGGAAGUACACCAGAGCCAGGCAAACGAGUCAAACAGAUAGAAGAGUAAGCAAGUUUGAGUGGAAAGAAAAAGACGUAUCUCUCAAGAAAGAGAGCCAAAAAGAUACAGUGACAGUCACUACUGGACCAGAGGAGAUGUUUGCAGAAAAGGAAAAGAAAAGGCGAUCCAGGACCCUAGGUGAUCUCAUGGUGGAAAACCAAAUUGCUAAAAUGAGAAAAAUUAUGAUAAAAGCUGAAAAAGCCCAAAAUAAGAUUUUACAGCGGAGAAGAGAAUGGGAGGAACUAUACAAAAGUAAACCUGAGGAUGAUUAUGAAGAUCCCAAAGAUGUACUGGCCAUUAAAGAGGCCCAGAAUAAUAUGGGUGACUUCAACCUCAAAACUGCCCCAGACUACAAGAUUCCUGAACAAAUGCGCAUAAAUGCUGCCAAGAAGGAGGAGGAAAUUGGGAUUCUAGAAGCAAUGACUCACGAAAAGAAGUUUAAUAUGAACAAGUGCAUCAUAUCUCUAAGAGAUCAGAAAAUUGCUGUUAUUGAAGAGAUCCAGUGCCUGGUACAAGAGUUGAAAACCAUUCAUUCCAUCUUGCCUGAAGAUAAACAUCUUCCUAUCCCUGAGGUACCCCAAUUACAGCCUGAGGAAGUGCCAGAAAGAAAAUACCAGUACGAUGAAGAAAUUUUAUUGGAGUUUAAGCUAAAUCAGGAGGACAAACCUGUGGAGGAAGAGCAGAAAGAAGAAGAGCCAGAAGUUGUUGUGGGCUUUGCUGGAGGAAUAGCUAAAGCUACUCUCAGGGAAGCAGACUUGGCAAAGCAAGAAUCUAAGAUAGGAAAAUUUCCUUUACUGAUUUUACCAGAAGUCCAAAAGCCAGUGGAGUUUCCAAAGACAGAGCCAACUGAUGUGGAACUGGAGAUCAUGAAGAGGGAAGAAAUCAGGAAUAUAUAUAUGCAGCAACAUGUGAUUGACAGGAUCAGAGAACUUAUUAUUACAUUUGAUGCAGAAUUUCGUCUUCUGAGACACCAGAAACUUAAAUUAGAUAUUCAGAUGAAGUUAGCUGACCUGCAUCAUAUAACAUUAUUUCAAGAAAUGCUUCUCCUCAAGAAUUUUGAAAAACAAGAGAACAUACUUCAAGAACGUGUCAAUUCAUUGGACAGAGAACAACAGGACAUGAAAUGGAAAAUAAAUGAGAACCUUUCAGAGAUGGAAAAUAGAAAGAAUGAAAUUACCAGACUCCAGGAUCAAGAAAAAGCAAUUUAUGCCAACUUCCAGGCAACUCUUGGAGAAAAUAACAAAUUUGCAAAUUUCCUCCUGAAAGUGUUGAAGAAGAAUAUUAAGCGUGUAAAGAAAAAAGAAGUGGAAGGAGAGGAGGAAGAAGAAGGGAGUAGCGCAGAAGACAGUGAUGAGGAGUCCAGCUUUGAAAGUAGUGAGGAAGAAUCAGAAUCAGAAGAUGAAGCUUUUGAUGAAAGCAUGGGUUUAGCAAAUUGUGACCCAGCCCUUUAUGAAAUGACUCUUCAGCUUCGAGAGAAAAGGCUAGAUAUUGAAGAGGCCUUAAGUGAUGAGAAGAAAACACUUGAAAAUCUCAGAAAAGAAUAUGAAGCAAUGGGCAAAAAAGUAAAAGUAGUGGCAGCCAAUCUGGUAACAGCAGAAGAUGCCCUUGAAGCUUAUCAGCGGGAGAAGCAGCAGAGACUGAAUGAACUGCUUGUGGUGAUACCUCUAAAGUUACACCAGAUAGAGUGUGUGGAAUUUGGAGAAAUACCCCAAGACCUCUCCAACGCUUUGGUAUUUUCUAAUACUGCCCUGCAACGUCUGCAAGAAAGAAUUGUACAGCUCCAAGAAGAGAACAUAGAGCAGCAAGAACUCAACAGAGAUUGCCGGGAACGGCGUAAAAAGCUUAUUUUUGAAAAGAGAGAGAUGGCCAAAAAGAUCAAAAAAAUGAAGGAGAUGGUUACUCAGCUGAUGAUUGACAAGUUUGGGAAAGAGAUAGACCUGGAAGCCCUUCAAACGCUCUCCGUUAAUAAAAAACUUGAAGAACUAAGGAUCAAGAAAAUGAAGAAAGAAUUGUCAAAUGCAAAGGAGAUAAGGAACUGGGAGGAAAAGGUUUCUAAAGUGCGCUGGGACCUGAUGAUGAAGACGAAGGAACACACUAAGAAACUUCAGCAAAUGAAUGAGUUAUGUAUUGAAAAGCAGAAGCUCGAAAGCCGUCUGAAUACACUGCAAGCUCAGCAGGGCAAUGCCUUCCAGGGUCCUCGGAAAGCAGACAUUUUGGCUAGGGAGAAGAUCACCGAACUGAUCCAAAUCCAGGCUGAAAAGAUUCUAGCUUUGAAGGAAGAAAUUGCUAUCUUGCGCAGGAAAGGUGGUCUUAUCCUCCCACCAAUUAAUAAUCCCCAUUAAAUAGAAGUGUACCUUAUUAAUUGCUGUUUUCCUAUCUUCUCCAAUUUUUGUCACACACAUCACUAAGACUUGCUUCUCCUACCUGAUGAUAUCUGUAAGGGAAAAUGUAUGUAUACACACACACACACACACACACAUACACACUCAUCCAAAUAAAAGGGGAUCAGUCUUGUUUAUUAAAAUUCAUCAUAUCCUAUCUAUAUGCUAUUCCUUGAAAGAGCUUGAGGCCCGGAUUCUAGCUUGAGAGUCUCCCAUGCAGAUUCAGCAACUAAAAGCAUUCUGGAUAAAAGCCCCAAACAACAGCCCUUUUAAAGUUUGUUAAGCAAGGAAGAACAGCAAUGUCUGCUUCCUCUUCCCAGUCUCAUCCUGGGAAGAUAGAUCUGAACAUUUCAUAAAUAGAUCUUUCUGGUUCUUCAUAUGUUCAGAAAAGAUGCUUUAAGAAACACUUAGAAAAGAUGUGGACUCAUUUUCUUGAAGAGUUUUUAUAAAUGAUCAAACUAAAGGUUAGAGAGAAGACUAAACAUUUAUUUAGAAGUUACGUGUUUGUUUUUACAGAGCUAUGUAGCCACAGAUUAUUGAAUCUGGAAGGUUUGUUAAUGCUUAUAAAGUACUGUACACAUUUUAGUCUGUUCUCCUGGUCAUACCACAAAAAAAUCACUUCUUGUUGUACCAAAUUCAGCCGAUCUGUUGAGUUGGAUUUUUUUCCCCUCCAUUAUGUGUUAUGAUCAACCAUGUUUAGCUCUCACAGAGGAUGUGCCUAAUGUAUGUUUUCCUUUCCUUCUUUCCUAAUGGGUGCUCGGCACUAUCCCUGGUAGUUGUGAAA